CUAAGCUUCUCAUCCACAGAGAUUGGACGUAAACAAAGCGAUUUGCCGGUUCUUUUCAGAGAAUUUGUUGAGGGUCCACAAUCGGCAAAAUAUCACAAUGAGCAAAGCCCAUCCACCAGAGCUAAAGAAGUAUAUGGAAAAGAAAAUCAACUUAAAAUUAAAUGGAGGCAGACAAAUCACAGGGAUUUUACGAGGAUAUGACCCCUUUAUGAAUCUGGUGGUGGACGAAUGUAUCGAAGAAACAAAAUUAGGAGAAAAGAACACGAUAGGCAUGGUGGUUGUCCGAGGUAACAGUAUAAUCUUACUGGAAGCUCUGGAUCGGAUUGGAUAGAGCAGGAAACUUGUGUGAUGAUGUCGGGCAGCAGUGAUUGACUGUUUAUAGUGACUUAUAUGUGUGUGUGUGAGAGAGGACUGGAGAACAAUGUGUUCAAAAUGCCCAGGAAACAAGGGACAUGACUGUGUACUGUACAAAAAUAUGUAUAGAGCUGUUUUUAGCAACAUCAAUGUUAAUCAUUCUUGAUCAUGAAAGUAACUUUACUUCAUAUUCCACAACUGUUUCAUUUCUCAUAUUUUUUUUUAAAUUAAAAAAUACAUAUAAACGUAUGUGAAGUCUGA